GGCGCGCUUGCCGCCAGUCCGAGCUUGCCCGACCACAACGCGACACAGCGCACGCGACCCGAACACGCACGAACACCGAAUAUCGAACACCGUUCAAAAUUCGAACAUUUUAAAACAAUUGGAACGUUAUUAUUGACAGUUACUUUUUGUGUGUAUUUUGUAAGUGGAAAAGAACAUGCAUGUGUUUACCGCCUUACUUUUGGUGUGGGCACUCUGCGGAGUUCGUGGUGUGAUAAGAACACCGUUGGAGGCGUUCAGGCCCUCAGGAGAAAUACACUUGAGGAGGCCCGAUAAGCUGCCGUUUUUGCCGCACAAGAGAAUACCAGUGCCUUCGAAAAGCGAUGUCAAGAUUUUGUACCAGACUGGGGGUUCGGAGGACGACCUUCCAGAUUGCAGGCCGCGGCAGGUGUGCAGUAAAGUGGACCUAUAUGAUGCGACGCAGCCCUGGAUCGAGAGGAAAUGCCGUUGUUUGGGCCAUAGACCCUGCUCUAGUGACCUCACAGGCGACGAUAAUCACACGUUAGCGGAUAAGACGACGCUUUACAAGACAUGUGAGCCAGUUAAACGCUUGCCAAAAUGCAAGUACUUCAAGGACGCAGCCUGGAUCAUCUAUUCCUUCCCGGACAGCAAUGCGACCCAGCAGAUAGUCAACUGUCACUGUCCCAAGUUCUCAGUGACGUAUUUGCUGAAGAAACUGCCGUACACGACACCUAGCGGAGAACAGGGGAACCAAUAUCAGUUCGCGUGCUCGCCGCAAAGCAGGCUACGUUGUUCAAGGAAGGAGCCAUGCAAACUAUUCAGCGCGAGGCGGCGACACGAACAAAUCGACGAGGUGAACGCGAACACAAUUUGCCAAUGCCCCCGGGGUCACACCUGCCCGAGGCAUCACACGGAGACGGGGGUCCUCGCAGGCAUCACGUACGCCGCCGAAGACAUCCGCACUUACCACGGUUACUGCAUGCCUGAGCCUCCUCCCGACGCCUACAGAUUCGUGGGAGAUAAGGAUUGAAUCAACCUCAAACAACACCCCUCAACAUUGUGUGAUUCAGCUGGAAAUGUACUUAAAACUGUACAUUGAACGCGCUCCACAGCUUCCAUGAGCACACAACGAAGUUUGCUUUGCUCAUUACCUGUUUAGUACAAAAGUGUAAAGCAUGUUUGGUUUUAAAAAGAAUGACUAAUUUGUUAAAUAAUUUAAACGGCAGUGAUGUCCGUAUUUACGGUCUCGGAUACCGAAACCGAUAUAGGUCGUCGGAUCGUACGCUAGUCCAUGUGACACGAUCAAAUGAACGAGCAAAAAUUAAGCUUCUAAUUAUAAUGUACAACGAUAUUUUAGUGAUAAAUGCCCGGAUACUGAAACUUUGUUUAACUUUAAGUCGUACUUAAGUCUUUUUAGAAAGGUACAAUGCAUGUUAAAUCAUACCAUGAGACAUAAGCACCGCUGAAAAAUUGAGUAAAGUUUGAGUAUUCGGGCAACAAAUACUGUAAAUAUCUUAUUUAAGUUCUUUGUAUUACGCGCUGUUUUCUGUUAUAAUUGUGUAAAUAAUUUUAGCAUAAGUCGAAUCAUUCCAAACGUUUAGUUUAAAUUAUUAUUUUUCAUAUUUUAAUUAUUUACUUGCCAUACUUACGUAGUUUGUUGCGUUUGUUCCGAGUCUUCCAUUCCAGUCAAGAAGACAACGUUAUGUUCAUUGUUUUGUUUAUGUUAACAAAUUGUAUAAUAAUAAUUUUUGUUAUACGAAAACGAGUUAUUUGAUAGCCAUAUCUUAAGGUUGUAAGUUUUAAUUUACAUUUUAAAUAACUUAUAGAAUUGGAUUUUAGAAUCGACUGAUACCAGUUGUGAGUUGUGUUUGCAAAUUCACAUCACAACUAAGUGACCAAUUGUUUUUAUUUUCAAAAAUAAAUAAAUGAUAGGGUUAAUAAAGCAUCUUACGGAUUAAUACCAGUGACAAAAUGUUUUAUAAUAUUAUUGGCGAAAGUUUUCUCUAACUAGAGUUUUAUUUAGGGAACUUCUAGAAGUGUUAAUAACGCUGUAUCUAUGUAAAUAUGAUAGAAUGUUGGUGUUUGUAAAAUGAUACCCGUGAAGUGGUAUGUCUUCCUUUAUUUGUUUUAUUAUGUAUAGGUAUACAAUAAGUUAAAUUAUUGAAAGAAAAUGAAUAAAUGUUUCGAUAUCAAUUUAA